ACACGAAAGCGGACCACAACAAGUUAUCAUCUUUUUUCCCCCCUGAAGCAAGUGCACAGGCUGUUAUUCUGUGACAUCGUUCAAUCUGAGUUUCGCAAACCCUAAUUAGCGAAACGACUCAUCCGAAGUUUUUAGGCUUAAUCAAAUCGCCAAUCGUCAACAAAGGUUAGAGUUUGAAUUGAAGUAGUCACCAUGAGAUUAGUAAAAGGAAGUAAAGUGGAGAUCCUUGUCAAUACUCAUGUACUUGGAGUGGAAUGGCAUGGUGCCCGUAUUGUUUCCGGUAACGGGCACACUUAUGAAGUUGAGUAUGACUCUUCUAGUGCGACCGAUAAGGCUCUUUCGACGAGAGUUCCAAGGAAAGCUAUUAGACCAUGCCCCCCUGCUAUGGAAAAUAUUGGGAGUUGGAGAGUUAAUGAUAUUGUGGAAGUAUGGAAUGCUGGCUGUUGGAAAGAAGCUACUGUAUUGAAGUACAUAACUGGAGAAUUCUUUUUGGUAAGGUUGAAAGGAUCUUGCACAGAGCUGAAGGUCCACGAAGAUAACAUGAGGAUAUGCCAAUCAUGGCUAAAUGGUCAAUGGAUCAUAAGUCCAAAGGGACCAACCAAGUCAGGAGUUGUGAAUUUCAGCCGGAAUUUAAUUUCAAACAACUAUAAGGCGAUGCCCGAAGUUCAGCACACUAAAGAUGUUUGGUCACCAGGAUUGGAUGCCAGCUGUCUCCAUCAACCCUCACCUUCAACAUUGAAAAGAAUGCUGUCUCAUGGCUCACUUCAUAUUGAGGAAUAUCCCAGAAAAAAGAGGGUUGUUGUGACUAUGGGUGAGUCUAAAAGACUCAAAGCGGUAUCCACUGCUCCAUUGCUAGAAAAGGUAGAUGCUAUUGCAUACCCACAUAAUAAUAUGGGUGAAAACUACAUGCAUGUUUCCUUUCCUAAUCAAUUAUAUGAAACGAAGAAACCUUGUAAUGUUACAACACACUUUCCUGAAUCCAUUGAAAAACUAGAUUAUUCUUAUAGUAAUCUAAGUUCAGUUGGCAGCUGUAGUGUAAUAAGCGGUAGUGCAAAUGAGUUUUAUGGUGUUACAUUAGCAGGUGCUUGCCAAGAUGAUGAAGACACCCUUCGCAGUGAUGCAGAAUCUCUAAAUGUUGAGGAUAUGGAAGAGUCUUAUGGUGAUAUGUUUCCAGAUCCACGCCCAAGGGACGAAUGUACCAUAUCCACUGAUGAAGCAGAAUCACUAGAUGUGGACGAAGAAUGCGCCAUUCUUCCAAAAGAGGUUGUAGAAGAAAGAAUCCAUAGGUUAGAGUUGAAUGCUUAUAACUGUACCUUAGAGGCAAUGUAUGCUUCUGGCCCUUUAAGUUGGGAAAAGGAAGAAUUAUUGACUAAUCUUCGUAUUUCACUCAAUAUCUCAAACGAUGAACACUUGAGCGGGAUAAAGUACUUAGUUUCGGCUGAUCAGAAUUUUUAAAUGUUUACUUAGGGUAGAUAGGGUAGAUUGCCGUGCAAUUGUUCAUUUUUGAAAAUUAUGUACAAUAUUCUUAGGUUCUGAACAAGAUAACAUUUUUUUUCCGAUUCAUCACUUUCUCCUAUUCAUUCUGCUCUAGAAUUAUGAUGCCACACUCAAUAUGAUCAUAUCAAUUAUAUAGUUACAAUACUCUUUAUUUUGCUUAUCCUUUUUUUUGGAUUUUGGGAUAUCUUGUUUGUUGUCUUUUUUUCCACCAUUUGAUAAUUUUCCACCAUUUGAUUAUUGAUGAAUCAAAAUCAUUUUCCAGGGCUAGUGUACGAGGCUUGCAUGCCUUGCUUCCAAUGGCUAAAUAUGAUGCUAGGUUUGACUCUUUUUCUCUCUGCAAAUUAAUUGGUGACAUCUACCAAUAAUUAUCUCAGAGAUAAGAAAUUUCUGACCUCUGUUUGUUAUGAUUGUUUAUGUGCUUUCCAAUAAUAUUGGAUCUCUCAGGCAUGCUUAGUAGAACUCACAGUUGCCAUGUCAUGGCCAGAACAUGAACUUACUUAAAAGCUGCAGUGCAGGCACAACCCUCGUAUGGAUGAUCUUCUAAAGCAUUAUUCAGAUAAGGGUAGUCUAUUUUAUUUAUUUGCAUGCCAUGUGAACUAUCUUCAUGUGACUUGAAUACUCUAUCCCACUAGCUGAAAAACAAGUUAUGUUAGGAUGUUACAAUGUUUUAAUUCUAGGGUAGUGAUUGGCGCCAUGUCUUCAUGUCUUGUCAUGUGGUCUCCCUGGUAUUCGAUGGUGUUAUCUCUUUAGUAAAAACUGUACUGCUAUGCAUUGUCAUGUGGUCACCCUGGUAUUUGAUAGUGUCGUCGCUUUUGGAAAACAUGUUUGGAGGCUUGCAUGCCUUGUUUACAAUGGCUAAAUACGAUGCUAGGUUUGCCUCAUUUUCUCUUUGCAAAUUAAUUGGUGACACCUACCAAUCAUUCUCAGAGGUAAAAAUUUCUGACCUCUCUUUGUUAUAACUGUUUUUGUGUUUUCCAAUGGUAUGGAUAUCUCAAGUGUGCUUAGAACUCACUUGUCAUGCCCUGGCCAGAACAUGAACUUGCUCAAUAGCUGCAAACACAGCCCUCGUACUGAUGAUCUUAUACAUUUGUUCAGAUUAGGGUAGUCUAUUUUAUUUAUCUGCAUGCCAUGUGUGGAUUAUCUUCAUGUGACUUGAAUACUCUAUCCCACCAGUUGAAACGAAAUUUAUGCCAGUGUUACAAUGUGUUAAUACUAGGGUUGUUAAUUGUGCCACUAUUGUCAUGCAGUCUUCUUGGAUUUGACCGUGUCACUUCGUUGGUACAAAAAUGUACUGUUACUUUGCAGACUAGUAAAUACCUUCUCUUGUUUCUUCCUGGUUUUGUGUUCGGUUUUGUUGUGUCCUCUGCUCUUCUUUUGGGUUUGUCACUGAAUACCCCAAACCCCCACUUUUUUUUCUUUGGUAUUCAUUUAUCACACAUUCACAGGGUGCCAUUAUCUCCUGAUUUAAAUACUGAUUAUUAUUUUGUGUGUGUGCGCGCGGUGUGUGUGUGUUUUCUUUCAGGAAGGACACUCUUGAAUUUGAAUUGGCUGCUUUGAGACAGAGCAUAGUUUUAAUCACUGACCUAAUCGAGGGUAGCUUCAUUUUAUAGUUUUUGUCUCUAAUUGAUUUUGUUGUUUAUGUUAGAGUUAUGACUUACGAGUACAUAUACUAAUUUCGGAUUAAGUUGGUUGAUAAUUGUGCUAACCUUGCAACUUACCUUAGUAGACGUAUUUUUAACUGCCAAUUAUUUGUAAUGCUAGCAUGUAUCUAACUAUCUAUGAUAAUAUUAAUGUACAACCUCAUCUUGUCAAUUCGAAAGCUUAAAUAUAUAGCUAUGUUUUUGGUU